AGGCGGGGCGGGCCGUCGUGAGGGAGAGGUGCUGCUCACCGCCCACCACUGGUCAAGGUAGUCAAGAGGCGUGGCGGGCAGUGUGGCGCGGGCCGUCGUGGGGUGAGGUGUUGCUCACCGCCCGCCUCACUGGUGUUACUAAUUAGUCACCUGGACAGUGCUGUAGAUCAGGUUACCUGCACCAGGCUUACAGACAUGCACUCUCGUACAUUAGUACAACGGCACUGCAGGAAUGGUCAACCAGACCCAAGAAAUUGGUCUCGUACAACGGCACUGCAGGAUAACAUGUGCAUAGUGCACCGUGUUCUAAAGUUGCUUUCUGCUGACACACAAGUGUUCAAGGAGAUGAACGUUCAUAUGGUGCUCGACAUGUCUGUUCUCUGCGUCCAUGAAGACUAUAGCGGUCGCGGCCUUGGGAGCAGGCUGAUGGAGAAAUCGUUGUUGCUGGGCGAGGAGCAGGGAUAUGCCGUGGCAUGUGUUAUGUGCACUAACAGCCUGACGGAGAGGAUCUGCGCGCGUUUUGGGUUUCAGACCGUGAAGACGCUUAACUUAAUUUCUGUUGCUGAGGAGUUAAGCAUUGAUAUCUCCCUCAUACCUGGUGAAACAGACUUAAAAAUGAUCAAAACGUUUUCCAGCAAAACAGCCCAUCUUCAUUAAUAUCCUUAAAAACAGAUACAUAUUGUAGCGAGUUAAUCUUAUACUCGCUCCAUUAUCUCAUUAUUUUAAUAACAUAACUAAUUACAGAAGCUACAAUCCUUUCCACAAUUAAAGGUAAUACUCUUCUCACCUUGUUGGAGGAAGCUGAGGUGUAAUCACCAUAUAAGCAACAAUUUGAUGAAUAGAAGACAGUUCAGUUUCCACAGUCAACAAUGUAGCACUCGGCGUGUACAAUCCUAAUCGACCCAAGAUGCUACAGCUUCCACAGAGAGCAGACUACGACCGCAUCGAGCCGCCACACUCUCGCUCCCCGAGUUCAGACACUCACAAUUCUCAAUCGAGCCGCCACGCUCUCCCACAUAGAGCUCCACGACUCCGGCCUCACUCAGC